AUGAACAGUGGUGACCAACAGUUGCAUUUACCGGCGGGGUUUCGGUUCCAUCCGACGGAUGAGGAGCUGGUGGUGCAUUAUCUAUGCCGUAAAUGUGCCGGGCAGCCAAUCGCCGUCCCAAUUAUAGCUGACCUCGACCUUUAUAAAUUUGACCCUUGGGAUCUUCCUGGUAUGGCUUUGUAUGGUGAAAAAGAGUGGUACUUCUUUUCUCCAAGAGACCGGAAGUACCCAAAUGGUUCACGGCCCAACCGGGCGGCUCGGACGGGGUACUGGAAGGCCACCGGAGCUGAUAAGCCGGUGGGGAAGCCAAAGCCACAGGGUAUAAAGAAGGCUUUGGUGUUCUAUGCUGGGAAAGCUCCCAGAGGUGUCAAAACCAACUGGAUUAUGCAUGAAUACCGCCUAGCCAAUGUCGACAGAUCUGCCGGGAAGAAAAACAAUUUGAGGCUUGAUGAUUGGGUGUUGUGCCGACUAUACAACAAGAAAGGGACUCUUGAAAAGCAUUACAAUGUUGAUCAGAAGACGUUGCAAUUUUCAGAUAGUGAAGAGCAGAAACCGAAAUUGGAUGGUUUCGUAUAUAAUGGGAAGGUAACCCAAGUUCAGCCGGCCCUAGAACCGCAAUUAGUGAAGAAUAACUACUUGCAUUCUGAAGCGUCUGAAUCAGUCCUCAAGUUACAUACUGACUCGAGUAGCUCUGAGCAUGCGUUAUCACCCGAGUUCAUGGGCGAUAAGGAAGUCCAAAGCGUACCAACAUGGAAUGGCUUCGAGAAACCCCUUGAUUAUCAGCUUAAUUGCAAGGAUGACUUCCAAUAUGAUCCUUUCACUUCUCAAAUGCAGUACAAUGAUCAGUUUUCUUUGUUCGAUAAUGUGUUCAUGUACACGCAGGAGCCCUUCUAA